AUGGACUUGGAGGCCAGUGAACCAAUAGACCUUGGUGCUGGAGAUCAUCAACAUCUGAUCCGGAAAGCAGCGGAUGGGAGCGUCCAGACCAAAUCUGCUCAGCCCUACAAAACUUCACCUUCCCCCGGGCCGAAACAAACCCAUGGGAAGCCACAUCCCAAGACUGGUCAGCGAGUAGAUGCCUAUGUGGUGCAGAUUUCAGACGACAUCACCCCUGAAGACAGCAGUGCUGUUCCCGGCCCAUUCUCAGAAACGUCCAUCCGCAGAGCUUUCAUUGUGAAAGUGUUCCUCCUCCUGUCAGCUCAGCUGAUAGUCACCGGGGCGAUCAUCAGCGUGUUCAUUUUCUGGAAAGGUUUAAAAGAGUGGGUGCUCAAGAAUCCCUGGUUCAUCUAUGCAAUCUGGCCAGUAUUUUUCGUUGUGCUUUUUGUACUUGCUUGCUGUGGGAAACUCCGCCGUCAGGUGCCUGCAAAUUACAUUCUCCUGGGAAUAUUUACGGUUCUUCAAGGUCUGCUGCUAGGAGCCGUAUCAGCUUUCUAUGACGCUGAGGAGGUGUUAUGGGCCAUAGCAGCAACCUCUCUGGUGACGUUAUCGCUCACUUUAUUUGCUCUUCAGACAAAAUGGGACUUCACCCUGCUGAAUGGAGCGCUGUUUGUCUUACUCGUGGUGCUCAUUAUCUACGGAAUUCUCCUACUCUUCAUACAGUCAUAUUGGUUGCACCUACUGUACGCUGGACUCGGAACAGUGCUCUUCUCGCUUUACCUGGUGAUGGAUGUGCAGCUGAUGGUGGGCGGGCAUCAUCACUACAGCCUGAACCCCGAAGAGUACGUGUUUGCUGCUCUGAACAUCUACUUGGAUAUAAUCAACCUUUUCCUCUUUAUUUUGCAACUGAUUGGACUGAGACAAUAGUCUCUCAGCCAAGGCUGGCUCGUGUUGACAGAAGGGGAGGAGGGGCAUCUGCCACAUGUUGCCAGGCUCAGACAUGCAGAGGUGGCCACUUCAUAAGCGCUUUUAUCCUAAAAAAACAUUUUCAAGUACUUUUUUUUUCAAAUGAAAGCAAGCAUUCAGUAGAUGGCAGCUGUAGCUGUUACAUUUUAAGUUCUGUUGUCAUGUUGCAAAACUUUCUGGGGACAUUUCUGAUGUUUAUAAAUUUAAAAGAUGAGUAUCACAAUGACAUACAAACAUUCGUAAGAUGCCUGGUACUUGGUUGAAGUUUCCCAGGAAGUAUUUAAACCUGU